AAUGGCUAAUACAUUCUUUGUUGUUCUUCCUAGUAAUGUUAGUGAUUACCCAGAUAAUAAACCCAAUAAAUACAGAGUGCAUCUCCCUAAGCCAAUAGAAUUUCAAGGUGGAAACUGGGUAUGUGGGCUCUACAGUAUCCAAUACCCCCAGUCAUGGGCUGCAACCAUUGGCACCGAUGUUAAACAAUGGAUCGAAAUUAAUUACAAAAGCAAAAAACCGAUUAGAACAGGAAUUCCCAAAACAACACAGUUAACACCCAACGGACUCAGCUUCUUUUUAAAACUUGUAUUAUCCAAUAAGGAAAAGAUGAAAUUAUUAUUAGGCCAGAAAUUAAUUUAAUUGAAGAUCCAAUUAG